CGUAAGCAAGGCCUUGCGCCAGAAAAAUUACAAACUCUUUAUAAUUAUUAAACCUUAGUUUUUAGUUACUUUUCCAGUUAAACUAAUAAUUCCAUCUUUUUUUACUAGAAACUGAAAACAGCAAAUGGGUUCGGAGUCUGAGACUGUGUGUGUCACUGGUGCAGCUGGUUUCAUCGGAUCAUGGCUCGUCAUGAGGCUUCUAGAGCGCGGUUACACGGUCCGAGCCACCGUGCGUGACCCUGCAAACAUGAAGAAGGUGAAGCAUCUAUUGGAAUUGCCAAAGGCUCAGACCCACCUGACACUGUGGAAGGCUGAUCUGGCUGAAGAGGGAAGCUUUGACGAAGCCAUUAAAGGGUGCACCGGAGUGUUCCAUGUCGCCACACCCAUGGAUUUCGAGUCCAAGGACCCUGAGAAUGAAGUAAUAAAGCCAACAAUAGCCGGGCUAUUAAGCAUCAUAAAAGCCUGUGUUAAUGCAAAGACCGUAAGAAGGCUAGUAUUUACAUCAUCAGCCGGAACUGUUAACGUGGAAGAGCACUUAAAGCCAGUCUACGAUGAAACCUGCUGGAGCGACGUUGAGUUUUGCCGCAAUAAAAAGAUGACUGGAUGGAUGUACUUCGUAUCCAAGACUUUAGCUGAGAAAGCUGCAUGGGAAUUCGUCAAGGAACACAACCUUGAUUUCGUUAGUGUUAUUCCACCUCUAGUGGUUGGUCCAUUUCUCAUGCCAUCCAUGCCACCCAGCCUCAUUACCGGUCUGUCACCCAUUACAGGAAACGAAGCUCAUUAUUCGAUCAUAAAGCAAGGUCAAUUUGUUCAUUUGGAUGAUCUCUGCAAUGCUCAUAUUUAUGUUUAUGAGAAUCCUAAAGCUGAGGGUCGCUACCUUGCAUCUCAAUGUGAUGCCACCAUAUAUGACAUUGCCAAAUUGCUUAAGGAAAAGUAUCCCGAGUACAAUGUUCCUACAAAGUUCGAAGGUAUAGACGAAAACAUAGAAAUUGUCCAUUUCUCCUCGAAGAAGCUGACAGACUUGGGGUUUGAGUUCAAGUAUAAUUUAGAGGACAUGUUUACAGGAGCUGUUGAAACAUGCCGUGCAAAGGGGUUGCUUCCGAUUCCUAUAACUGAAGUCAAACCCAAAGGUUCCGACGCCACCAAAUAAAGCAUCCUCUAUUUGUCCCUGGCAGCAGCGCCGGCUCAACAUUAUUUGAGGAAAGUAAUCAUACACUUACAAAGUGCAUGAUUAAAAAUUUAGAUUCCAGUCCACUAUAAGAGAGAAAAAUAAAAGUGUUGUAUGACCCAACAUUAUGUGAGGAAAGUAAUCAUAAGUGUUAUACAAUACGCUAGAUUUCUCAAUUUGCUUUAAAUGUACUGAAAAUAUAUAUUUUGAUUUGUAGAAGGAUUUCUACAUGUUAUUUAGAGGAGUGCCAUUAAUUUUGUUUUCUUAAAUGAAAAUCAAUAUUCUCAUUA